AUGCUUCGCUCUGUGCACCGGCACGUCAGCGCCCAGGAAAACGCGCUCCGUGUUUCUCUAUCUGCCUCCUCGAGCAGAUCCCGAGAUCACACGCGCCGGUGCCCUGCCCGCCCCGGGUCGCUGCCCGCCCGGGGUCGCUGCCCGCCCGGGGUCGCUGCCCGGCCGAGGUCGCUGCCCGCCCGGGGUCGCUGCCCGCCCGGGGUCGCUGCCCGGCCGAGGUCGCUGCCCGCCCGGGGUCGCUGCCCGUCCGGGGUCGCUGCCCGCCCGGGGUCGCUGCCCGCCCGGUGCCCCUGCCCGCCCGGGGCCCUGCCCGCCCGGGGUCGCUGCCCGCCCGGUGCCCCUGCCCGCCCGGGGUCCCUGCCCGCCCGGGGCCCUGCCCGCCCGGGGUCGCUGCCCGCCCGGGGUCGCUGCCCGCCCGGGGUCGCUGCCCGCCCGGGGUCCCUGCCCGCCCGGGGUCGCUGCCCGCCCGGGGUCCCUGCCCGCCCGGGGUCGCUGCCCGCCCGGGGUCCCUGCCCGCCCGGGGUCGCUGCCCGCCCGGGGUCCCUGCCCGGCCGGGGUCGCUGCCCGGCCGGGGCCCUGCCCGCCCGGGGCCCUGCCCGCCCGGGGUCGCUGCCCGCCCGGGGUCGCUGCCCGGCCGAGGUCGCUGCCCGCCCGGGGUCGCUGCCCGGCCGGGGUCGCUGCCCGCCCGGGGUCGCUGCCCGCCCGGUGCCCCUGCCCGCCCGGGGUCGCUGCCCGCCCGGGGUCGCUGCCCGCCCGGUGCCCCUGCCCGGCCGGGGUCCCUGCCCGCCCGGGGUCGCUGCCCGCCCGGGGUCCCUGCCCGCCCGGGGUCGCUGCCCGCCCGGGGUCCCUGCCCGCCCGGGGUCGCUGCCCGCCCGGGGUCGCUGCCCGCCCGGGGUCGCUGCCCGCCCGGGGCCCGGCCCGCCCGCACGCCUCGCCGCAGAACAGGGCCCCAGAGCUCCUGGGCCACCUCGCCGGGACUCAUCUCCCGGACACGGGCGCGCUCAGGGCGUGCUCUCUGGCUCAGAGGUGCGCGUCUACGGGGCAAACCCCGCCGCCGCACGCAGCCGUGCGCCGCAGCCCGGGCCUGCCCCUGGCGUCCGGAGACGCCGACCGCGAGGGGCCCGGGACCCUCCAACUGCAGUGGCGCUGCUCUCGGUCCCCAGCCGCCCGCCCAGCGUCCUAACGGAAGGCGGCGCGGGUGGCAGCGGCGCCUCGGCGCAUCUGGGGGUGACCUGGGCGUGGGCGGGCGGAGGAGGAAACCACCGCCCAGACCCUAAACCGACACCUCCGCAGCCCCGCGCCGGGGCCAGCCCGGCGGUAAGCAGCGCCCCGCUGCGUGCAGGGGUGCUGACAGCCGGCCCCGCGGCGCGGUCGAGGCCCGCCGCCCGCGCGGGCCCGGCCGCAGACUGCCGCGCAGCGAGCGGGGGAGGGCGGGAGCGGAGGCCGGGCGGCGGCCAGGCCGCGGGCGGCGGGCGUGUGCCGGCCGCCCCCACUCCGCCCCUUCGCUCGCUCGCCAUAACAAGCCCCGAGGGCUGCGACGGGGAGACGGGCGCGGCCCGGCUGGUGCGGGGGGCCGGGGCCUGCGCGGGCCAGCCGCCGGCCGUCCCCCGCCGUGGCCCGGUGCGGGGGCCUCCCGGCGCCGCCGCGGCCCUCUUCUCAAGGGGCGAGGGUUUGGGGCUGGGCUGGGCGCGUGCGCAGCUCCAGCUUCGGAGGAAAACUCGGGGGACUCAGGGAGGGAUCCUCGAAGACGCAGGCCCCGGGAAGCCGCGAGCGGAUUCCGACCCUCGCGGGGAGGCCGGGUCACGGAACGUGCUGGUUCCCCAGUUUGGCAGGAAGGGCUGA